UAUCUAUAAUAUAAUUAUGAGUCUGCGCAUUGGUAGCGCAGCGCUGGGUGACCGCAACUAACGAAGUGUGUUUUAACCAAAAAAUGGUUCCUUGUAUCCGAUAUUAAAAACAGCAAGAAGUUUCACUAAUUAUCUGACGUACUAGGUAUUUAAAAAAAUGUCCUGGAUUGCAAAUUCAAUCAGAACGGCCAUACGCGUCUGGACACCUCAGUUGACAUCAGUUAGAUUUCGUUAUCAUGCAGACAAAGUAGCCAAGGGUCCUAGACCCAGGCGAUAUGGAUACAAGGAAAAAGCAGAGAUACGUGGCCUUUUACCACACAUAAUUUCUGGAAAAAGAAUACCAAUGCCUGUGUAUAAACCAAAGAAUGUUUGGCACGAGAAAAGAGCCCUAUUUGGACAGAAUGAUUAUAUUGAUAUCCUAGGUAACGAGAAACUUCACCCUACAAGAAUACUUUACGAUGUAAGGCCUUGGCUGCGAGGUGUUAAUGGUAAUGAAUACCAAGUACUAUUGCGAAAGAGAAAAAUGUAUAAGAAUGGACUAUUCCCAAUUAUCAGGCCUACUAAGUGGUUGGAGCUUCAGAAGAGAAUCCGAUAUCUGUACAAGUUUCUUAAUCGCAAAACUAAAACUGGAAUGUCUAACAUAUAAAUCAUUCUUGAUAAUGUUCAAGUUCAAAUAAAUAAAUAGAAUUAAUAUUAAAGUGA